AUGGCAGUGGCCUUCUCAAGGGCGAGUCACGAGUUGCAUGUGGUGAACGGCUUUCCCCGCCCUCCCACCGUCUCUGCGGAGUGGCGGCAUCUGGUGAGUGAGUUGCCAAGAGCUGAGCGAUGGCCAGAACAUGCACGGCUGACCGAGAGAGGGUGGCAGGCAUACCACACUAUGGUCACGACUUUGACAAAGCCAGAAGAUGACAGAGAGAUCGACGUUGUGGAUUUCUUCAACGCGCCAUCGCACUGGAACACUUUGCUGACCUCUCAAAGGGCGACAGACGGCCAAUCACGAUCCUUGGCCAAAAUAUGCCAAAACAACAAGCAUGCCCCCAAACAAUGA